AUGCUGAACCACAUUUUCUUUAAAUUCAGCUCUGAUGAACAUACACCAGUAGAGGACAAAGAGCCAAAGAAAAGCACCACUUCAGCUUCUACUUCAGAAGAAGAAAAGAAGAAGUCUAGUCAUUCAAAAGAAAGAUCCAAGAAAAGGAGGAAGAAAAAAUCAUGUAAAAGAAAACACAAGAAGUAUUCUGAUGAUAGUGACAGUGACUCUGAUUCUGAAAUAGACUCCAGUGAUGAAGAUACAAAGGGAAAAAAAAAAAAAAGCCCAGCAAAAGAAAAAGAAGAAACACAGAUGAUCAGCCUGGCAGUUUCACAUGAGGAAGACAGCAUGAAGAAAGCCAAGAUACAUGAGAAAUACAUCUACAUGUGGAACAACUCCUACAGAACACCUGCUGAACGCUGGCAGAAGACCUCAGACCUCCCUCCCAAAAGGCAAGAAACUCCCCACGUACGUAGGUAGGGCAAAAGAAAAAACAGA